AUGGAGUCGCGCUGUCUGAACGAAUCUCACACUACAAAUGUACUGAUGGAGGGCCGUAUAGAGUUAACAGGAUGUCCUGCAUCUCACGCUCUCCACCCCNAUGAACAUGGCGGGGUAGGAGUUAUUUGUACCAAUGAGACUUCCACUACCAAUGAGACAUCCGGUACCAAUGAAACUUCCAGUACCAAUGAUACUUCCGGUACCAAUAAAACUUCCACUACCAUUGAGACUUCCGGUACCAAUGAGACUUCCACUACCAAUGAUACUUUCAGUACCAAUGGAACUUCCAGUACCAAUGAGACUUCCGGUACCAAUAAAACUUCCACUACCAUUGUGACUUCCGGUACCAAUGAGACUUCCACUACCAAUAAAACUUCCACUACCAAUGAGACUUCCGGUACCAAUGAAACUUCCACUACCAAUGAGACAUCCGGUACCAAUGAGACUUCCAGUACCAAUAAAACUUCCAGUACCAAUGAUACGUCCGGUACAAAUGAGACAUCCGACUUCCAGUACCGUACCAAUGAGACAUCCGGUACCAAUGAGACUUCCACUACCAAUGAGACUUCCACUACCAAUGAAACUUUCAGUACCAAUGAAACUUCCAGUACCAAUGAGACAUCCACUACCAAUAAAACUUCCACUACCAAUGAGACUUCCGGUACCAAUGAGACUUCCACUACCAAUGAGAUUUCCACUACCAAUGAGACUUCCACUACCAAUGAGACAUCCACUACCAAUGAGAUAUCCAGUACCAAUGAGACUUCCGGUACCAAUGAGACUUCCAGUACCAAUGAGACUUCCAGUACCAAUGAGACUUCCAGUACCAAUGAGACAUCCACUACCAAUGAGACAUCCAGUACCAAUGAGACUUCCGGUACCAAUGAGACUUUCUGUACCAAUGAGACUUCAAGUACAAAUGAGACUUCCGGUACCAAUGAGACUUCCGGUACCAAUGAGACUUCCAGUACCAAUGAGACUUCCAGUACCAAUGAGACUUCCGGUACCAAUGAGACUUCCAGUACCAAUGAGACUUCCAGUACCAAUGAGACUUCCAGUACCAAUGAGACAUCCACUACCAAUGAGACAUCCAGUACCAAUGAGACUUCCGGUACCAAUGAGACUUUCUGUACCAAUGAGACUUCAAGUACAAAUGAGACUUCCGGUACCAAUGAGACUUCCGGUACCAAUGAGACUUCCAGUACCAAUGAGACUUCCAGUACCAAUGAGACUUCCGGUACCAAUGAGACUUCCGAUACCAAUGAGACAUCCAGUACCAAUGAGACUUCCGAUACCAAUGAGACAUCCAGUACCAAUGAGACUUCCUGUACCAAUGAGACUUUCGGUACCAAUGAGACAUCCAGUACUACAACACCAAGGCCAAACGUGAGGUAUUGCCAUUUCAGAUAUUAG